AUGAUGUCGUCGUCGAAUGUAGAUGGAGAAAUGUCCGGUAAUUCUUCUGCUCAGGCGGAAGGACUUCUCCCUGCAUUUUCUUCAAGGCAGUACGCACAUCUACCUACGCCGCAGAGUCCGGGAAAUCUUAGUCGUUACGUUCUCGAUGGGCCAUGUUCUCCAGAUUCGCCCGUUCCUAAUGGCAAUGGAGCUGCGCAGCUAAAGGCAGCACAGUCUACGCAGCGUAGGCAUCGGAAGCUUCCUUCUGAGGAUCAUGCGCCGCGCAUGCAGUCAAAUUUACACCAGUAUGCUACGCCCGAAUCAAGCCCACAUUUCACACUCUCUUCUCCUCUCCUUACCACCUCCGCGACACCCCAAUAUCUAAUUCCCACCUCAACUGAAUUCACGACACCCAAACAACAAGGCUCAAUUUCGAACGUCAAGUUGGAAUCUCCCAUACCCAUCUCCCUCCCUACCCAGCUACCUCGCAUUUCGUCAUCUUCACCUGCGCCCCCUGAACCUUCCAGACUACAUUCAUCCAUCCUGUCUUCACCAUUCAUGGCGAAGGCAUCUAUUGGAAAUCAAACGGGAAGGAAGAUCAAUGCAUUCGACGAACCUCGCCCAACAGAGGUUGAUGACAUAUUUUCUAAUUCUAAUGCCCGUGCGCCAGUGGUGACCACAAACCCGAUUUCACCUCCGCAACAUCCUACCCUGGAACCUGGUCCGAUUGCUAACGCUGGCGGGGAGUUGGAGCGAAUUCGUCACGCGAGGAGAGAGGACACGUUGUCCCAGAUGCGAGAAGCAGAGAAGCGACGUCCAGAGUACUUGAAACGGGCCAAACGCACUCUUUCCGAAGCUGAUCCCAGUUACCUUGAGGAAGAAGAGAAUAUUCGUGAUCAUGCAUCGGGAGUCGGCAUCACAGAAAGUCCUCACAAGGGGAGGCGCCUGACCUUAUUCCAAGAAACAUCUGAGGAGAGCUUCGAAGAGAGCCUAAUGGCUGGCGGAUAUGGUCGCUAUCGUACUGCGGAUUGGGUCCGCCAACCUCAGCCUAUUUCCCUUCCAUCGAACACCGCAGGAUCGUCAGGAGUCGCGUCAAUUGCAGAUGAAGCAGACGAAGCGCCACCCACCGAGAAGGAGAUCAAGAAAAGGAAACGCCUGGCCGCAUUCCGCUCUGAAGGGAAUCAAUCCACCUCCAAAUUAUGUGCUGUUGAACUAGAGGGCAAAGGUCGGGUUUUAAUUGAUGUACCAUCGGAGGAGCCUGUUGCCGCGGCGAGCCCCGAACCGACGCCCACCAAGAAACGAGGUACAAAUCGCCGGAAGAGGAAGAGUGAAAAUCUUUCAAUUGACAAGAAACUCUCGGGCACUUCUGGCCGUGAAAGCCACGCUGAAAAACCGAACUGGCCCGACUCUGAAUUUCCAUGGAGGCUGAGGACCGAAGAACGCAUUGAACUGGCCAAAGCUGAAGAGGAGGAACGUCUACGCUACAUCGAGCGAUUUCUGGACCGGGAUAGUGAUGAUGAAGAUGGGUCGGAUUCCAGUGCUCCAGUACGGGGUAACGCCUCUUCGCCUGCCUGGGUUGCAAGGGAUGCCACACCUGAGCCCUACCAGGUCAAGAUGGGUCGAGGCAAGAUGGUUCCUCUACGGGAUCAUCCUGGUGAAACGGACAGACCAAACUUCAUCUCACGGACUAGUUUUCCCAGUGAUCCUGCCGAUGCACGAUCCGCUUUGUUGUCGAAGAAGAGCGUGCGCACUCUUUCCUACAGACAGCAAAAGCGCCUGCGAGAACUCGACCAUGACGAGGAAGAAGAGAUUGUAUGCAUUUGCCACGGUAAAGAUGACGGACGGGAACUUGUUCAGUGUGACACUUGCCAGACCUGGUAUCACUUGGAAUGCAUCGGUAUCAGGAACAUCGCAGAAUUAGGAAGGGAAGAAGACCCCUGGUUCUGUCGCAGAUGUAUAGCCCGCAGCCCCUCUCCGCCGACGCAACUCGACAGCUUGCCGCUCAGCGAGCCUACGUUCGUGCCUACUGACAACGAACCAAACGUACGGGGCUCCUCUGAUACACCAUUCUUUCAACCCAGCUCGCAAGACUCUCCCAGUUGGAGGCUACCGAGAACGCCUACUCGAGGCAGUUACAACCUUUCCUUCGACUCCUCUCAUUCUUGGACAUCUUGGGCAGAUUCAUCAAGCAGAGCAGGCCCCGGCCCCUCAACACCCCAGCCUGCAGCUAGAGGCUAUGACGGCCACGUCCAGCACUAUGAAGAAUCGCCCUUCGAUCCCACCUCAACGCCAUCCCGCGGAAUCAGAUUCCCUCCAUCCUUCGCUACGCCAAAGAACAGUGGGUUCCCGCGCAGUGCAGGCUUAUUUCAAACACCCUCUAAGCCUAUCGGUCGCGGCGGUAUGCAUCGAAGCUUCGGCUCUCUACCUUCUGUCGACGACAGUGGUGGCCACCUCUCAUCCCAUGACCAUUUUCCUCGAUACGACGAAUCGCCGAUCCGUCGAAAUAGGUCCAUCGACAGCUCCCUUCCCCGUCACAAACUUCAUUCCCCCUCGCGGUCGAAGGCUUCAGGAAAUUCAUUGUCUGCCCUCGAGGAAUCGCCUGUGGUUCGUUCACAGUUACACAGAAGUACAUGGAAUGACGAUGACGAGCGUGCAUCAUGA